UUUUGAGACGAUACGCGGGAAUUGGAGGUCGUUUCGGGAUCAAUCAAACUAAUUAAAACCCAAAUUUUUUCUCCACCUUCCUCCAAUUUCAAUCACAUCUUCUCGCUAUUAAUUUCUUCAUCCGUACGAUUCAUUACAUUUUCCGUACAUUAAUUUAAUUUUACAAAUAAAAAUCUGCUGGUCAGAGUAAAAAUUGAGUGAUGGAAGACGAUUCAUGGAGCUUUGCUUUUUCGAAUACUUCAUCGAGAAGCUACCAGUCAGCUCUUAGAUCUCUUUCUGAUCUUUGUAUUGAUUUAGAAGAGGUGGAUGGAGAUGGUAACAAUAAUAAUUAUUAUUAUGAGGAAGAUGAGGGUGAGGAUGAUGUACGGACGGAGUAUCCGUGUCCGUUUUGCAGUGAGGAUUUUGAUUUAGUUGAUUUGUGUUCUCAUAUUGAUGAUGACCAUCCUUUUGAAGCUAACCCUGGGAUAUGUCCUGUAUGCGCGACAAGAGUGGGGACGAAUAUGGUUCGACAUAUAACUAUCCAUCAUGGGAUCAUUUACAAGAGGUUGCAAAAGUUAAAGUUUCAGAAAGACGAGUCUUACUCAACUCUUUCCCGUCUAAAGAAGGAAUUACAAGAUGGAUAUUUCCAAUCCCUACUCGAUGUGCCAUCGCAAUUGGCAUCAUCAUCGAAGACGGAACCUGAUCCUUUGCUGUCAUUCCUUUACAAUGGAACUCCCGCUGAUAAAGCUAAAAGCAUGCAGCCUGAUUGUUUAACCAAUGUAUCUUCAGAAGAGAAAACCUCUGAUGCAAAAAUCGUAGAAAGAGAUGUUCAGCAACCUCCUUUGACAGACAAGGAACAACUGGAGAAGGGCAGAAGAAGCCAAUUUGUACAGGGGCUAAUGUUGUCUACUAUCUUUGACGAUGACUUGUGAUAAUAAGGCAUUGUUGGUUUUUAAGUUCUGAUCAAAAUUAAGGCUAUUGUAAUAUUUAUUGAAAAGAAGCUAGGAUAGAUUCAGCAUUGGUGAAAAGUAUGAUCAUUACCAAUCAAUAUAAGCCAUUUAGCCAGGUCAGUGCCUUAAUUUGAUGUACUUUGUAUUCGGAACUCUUAAUUCUUAAUGAAAUAGUAUUUCCUCUUUA